AUGUCUGAUACCAAGCGUCCGAGGAAAAAUCCGAAUCCGACUCUUGGUUUGAACCCGCACAACUUGCACAAAAAUGGUGUUGCGAUCGGAUUCCUACCCGGCUUCGGUGAACCGAUAUCGCCUAAUAGUCCAAGUCAAAUCAAUGGGAAACUACCAGCUCCGAUGGCUAUUGUGAGUCGUGCAGAGAGGUUGCGCUACCAAAUUGCUAAGAUUAUCAUGCUAUGCAUUGUCCGUACUUCCGGCGCCUUGCGUCUUGGAUGCAUAAAACGAUUGAAUGGAAACCCAGUCUGGCAGAUUGCGUUAAUGCCAUAUCAAGGACUAGAGACUGUGACACAGCAAGUGAUGAAUGGUGAAUGGUAUAAAUGGGGCAUGCAACCCAAAUUGUUUCUGAGGAAAUGGAAAAUGAUAUCGCAAGCUGUCAAGUCUAGAACUUCGAGGACUUACAUGCUAUGGGCUCCAAACGCGUUAACAGGUGGCGUAAACGAUGUCAGAGGAGGUUAUGCGCCGUAUUGGCCGGGGGCACAAUAUGUGGAUAUUCUUGGGUUUGAGCGCAAGAAUGUCUUACCUGAUCGAACCAAGGCACUCAAGGUCAUCAAAAAGUUCUCUGACUUGUACUCCACUCCAAAUAAUUUACCAGUUGUCCUAUCCGAAACUGGAGCGUCCUAUACGGUUUCCCUAGAGACUGGGAGACCUGCACCGGGUGGAGCUUCAGAACAUGACAUGAAGCUCCGAUGGCUUAAGCAACUUUUGGGAGAUAACUUAAUCAAGUCUGUUCCGAAUUUCAAAGCGUUUUCUUGGUUUGAGGUCAAGAAAAAUGAGGAUGCUUCGUAA